GGUACGCACCCUCUACCAUGUGAUGGCGGUAGUGCAACAAUCUAGUGAAACCUUUAGACAAAGAAGAAGAGUUCCUACUGGAUUGGACCGCGACGUAGCACGUGACCAGGAUCGUUAGACCCGGAAGAAUGACAAUUGUUUAUUGCUGAUGUUUCAGGUAUCUUGAUGCAGAGAGGACACAACCGGAGGCUGGACCAAAAUGGCAUCCUACUUUGAUGAACACAACUGUGAGCCCACCAACCCAGAGGAACAGUAUCGCCAGAAUGCACUGCUUGAACUGGCCAGGUCUUUAAUGCAAGGACUGGACUUGAUCGACUCUGGGGUGUUUGACUUAUCUGACUGGGACCAGCGGCUUCCUCCUCCAGCUGCCAAAACUGCUGUCCAGACCCUCACUGUGGUCAUCAUUUCUCCAGAACAAGCAGACAAAGGCCUCAAGUGUCCUGUGUGUUUGCUGGAGUUUGAGGAACAAGAGACUGUUCGUGAAAUGCCUUGCAAACACCUUUUCCAUUCAGGAUGCAUACUCCCCUGGUUGGGGAAGACCAACUCCUGUCCGCUCUGCCGACUUGAAUUACCCACUGACAAUCCCGAGUACGAGGAGUUUAAAAAAGACAAGGAGAGAAGAAAACAGAGGGAGAACCGACUGGAGGAUCUACAUGGAGCCAUGUACACAUGACACAACGGUUCUGUGGUGCAAGUUUGUGACUUUUUAGUGAAAAUUAUAAAAAAAAAAAAAAUUAAAAAAAGUUUGACGAAAUGUGUAAAGCUGCAUUCUCACCAUUAUGAGCAGAACAUCAUUUUAACCAUGGGGAGGGCAACAAGUAAGAAAUAUUAUAUGGGGCGUUGUUUAGCUCACUGAGCAGAGCACCAACCCCACGUGUUGAGACUAUAGUCUUCGCUGCAGGCGAAAAAUAUAUAUUUAAAUAUAUAUAUAUAUACAUAUAUAUUAUACAGUAUAUUAGGAAUAUCUGGCAUCUAUAGUGUUUCCUAAGCAAGAUAACAAAACUGUCAGGAAAUGCUGGUAAAUAGCCACAAGGCCAGCAUCACAUUUAAAUAAGAUCCACUCUUAGAAAUAACAAAUUCAGGCCUAAUGUCUGUUUAUCUGGUGUAGUUUCAUGGCUAGAAAUGAGGGUAACUAUUGUAAUGUGUGGCUACAACAAUGAAGGUUUUUCUCAACUUCAUUUGAUAUGGUGUGAAUGCAGCACAAAAGACAUAUAAAAUCUUAUUUUGUUACUUUAGCUAGGAUGAAAACAUUUCAGGAUGCUGUGGACAGUUGCACCCUAAAGCACGUAGUCUCUUGAUUCCAUUUUAUAUAAAUGUAUGAGCUUAAAAUGUACAAAACCAGCUGCAUCUUUCUCAAUUAAUAUGAAAUAUUUAUGAAAACUGUUUUCUUUCUGCAUUUUUUUUUUUUUUUCAAUCUGGAUGCUUUUGUUUGGCAACUUAAUUUGUAUGGACAGAUUCAGACAUAAGUAGUAGCUGACAUGGACAUUAUGGAUUAUAUUUGUACAGAAAAUGACAUCUGUAUUCCACUGAGCAUGUUCAUUUUAAAGCCUACUCCUGCAACUGUC